GGGAACCUUACCGAGGUCCCCAAGUGGGCGCUGCCUUCCGGUCCACAGCCACCAUGCCUUUACCCACGCCGGGCUCCCCGCGCCUGGACCACGCCUGACUGCCUGCCGCGUUAUGCCUGCGCCCCAGACGUGUGAUGGGGGCCGAGUGGCCUCCACCGUCCGCUACUGCAUGAUGGUCAGCGGCACCGUGGUUCUGGUGGCCGGGACACUGUGCUUCGCUUGGUGGAGCGAAGGGGAUGCCCAAGCCCAGCCGGCUCCCCACACCGGGCACCUGGCACCUGGCGCCCCCAGCCCCCUGCUCCGGCCAGUCAGCUUUUUCUUCUGCGGCUCAGGCGGUCUGCUGCUGCUCUUUGGCCUGCUGUGGUCUGUCAAGGCCAACACCCGAGGGCCACCCGGAUGGGACCCAUAUCACCUCUCCAGAGACCUGUACUACCUCACUGUGGAGCCCUCAGAGGAGGGGAGCUGCAGGAUCCCAAAGGUGGGCUUCAUCCCCACUUAUGAGGAGGCUGUGUGCUGCCCUCUGGCCGAGGGGCCCCUCAAACCACCUUCCUACCACGUGGAGGAAGGCCUGAGGUGCAGCGCCUCUGAAGAUGACCUGCUUGGGCCCUGGCCCCCACUGCUUCCACCCAGCUACGAGAGCAUCAUCCCUGUUCCUGAUGGCCUCUCUGGAGAGACAACACGGGGCGCUGCGUGCUCCUGCCCAGCACAGCUCAGACUGCAGGGGGAUGAAGCUGAAGGCCCCUAGCAGGCCCCAGGGUUGGAGACAAAUGAGGAGCUGCUCCUAGUGUCUAGUACACAGGAGGCACUCAAAAAAUAUUUAAUGAAUGCUGUUUUAUUUACCUAUUACUGUGUAACAAAAGGCUUAAAAUAAAUCCAUUUUAUAAUCUC